CUCAAAAGAUCUGAAAGCGAGCAAGCUUAAGCUAAAGGGGCACAACUAUUGAUCGAAAGAAAGAAAGAAAGGAAAGAAAGAAGUAAAGAAAGAAGUAAAGAAAAAAGGAAAGGAAAGGAAAAAUAAAAAUAAAAGCCUGCAGAGUGUAGAUUAGGAUAUGGUCGGAAGCUGGGGAGAUCGUGGCGGUUGGGCCACGUCAUAUAGAAACCACAGAGAAGGCGAUAAUUAUGGUGGCGGGAGAGUACUGUAUUGUGUCUCGUGGAAGGGGAAGAACAAUAGCCGUCCUUCAUCAGAUGACUUUAUAUCAUUUGAAACAGAAGAGUUUCAAAAGGCCUUCAUGAAGAGAAGGGGAAAACUCCGUACUUACAUUUCAACCGGCGGGAAAAAAUUCCCUCGCGUCAAGAGGCCACGCAGUGAACUUUAUAAACCUUUGAGCGAUAAGUUCAAAAAAGGGAAGUCGGAGCAUAAGCAGCCUCAUGAAAAAAAUCAAGUGGAUGACAUCGAUACUGAUGCCGAGUUGGAUGCUGGUCUUCAUUCAGAUGAAGUCGAUGUCGCUGAAACGGAGGUUCUGAUACAGGAGUUUGACUGGCUUGAAGAAGAUCAGGAUCCGGAUCUUAGCAAGAAAAAGAACACAGCCACAGAUACACAGUCGUCGAUUCCGGAACCAUCUAUCUCAAUAACAGGUUGGGGAGGCGCUUUUGCUUAUGGUGCUAGAAGCGGGGGUGUGGAUACCAGCCUAGAGGUAGAUAAGCCUACGGAGCGGCAAAAUAGUGAUACCACUCAGGAUUUCAACCAUUCAGUAAGGCAGAACAUUCGAAUUGAAAGGAAAUCAAAAGACGCAGGCCAAAUUCCAUUUCCGGAACGCGAUCGACGAACGAAGAGGCGAAGAAAGCACAUGAGUGAAUUAUCGGAAGGCUCAAGAGUCAGGAUGGGCCUCAAUAGGCUCUCUACUAAGGAUCAAACUGACACCAUUGCUAAACAAUCGUUACCCGAAAAGGAAGAUACGGCAGCCAAAGCAGAUACUUUGCUUCAUAGCGUGGCCACAACAUCUAGCCAGGGCACCACGCACAAGCACGAACAGGAGUAUUGCAUGUGGUCAAUCGAUACGGAGCCUAGACAUUCGCCCACUCAGGAUGAGAAAAAACAAAAGGAUGCAUGUUUGGAAUUAGAUCAACCAAUGUGGGUUAUGGAUACCAUAGGCGAAGCGCUGCCCGUAGAAUCCAACGAUACCUAUAUUGAGCUCCCAGCGGAUAAUAACAAUCUAGGCAGAAAGCGUAAGAGAAGCAGGAGAGAUAGAAGAGGUCAAAGGGAGAAGGGUAAAAAAGUAUUGAGGGACAGCAGUAUUAUUAUGUUGGGCUCGAAUGGAGAAGAUUCUAGUGAGGACGAUGACGCUAAGGCCAUUGAAGAUUACACGCAGAACAUCAUGGGGUCUGAUAAUGAGGAUGGUCUAAGCUAUUUCCUUGGUUCAUUUGAAGAGCUAGAAGUUGGACCUGGCCACUCUAGUAAUAUUGGUGGUGUCCUCCCAGAUGAUUCAGAUGAGGGGAUUUAUGGGUACGACAACGAGCGCAUUGAUUCCAUUCGAAAAUCGGGAAAUAGACGGCGUGAACGAAGGCGUGAUGACCGCUUAACUGAAGCAGUGGACAAUGCUCUCGGGCUUAAACGAUCGGGAGGCGCUCCACUCCUUGAACCUUCCUCUCGGAAUGUCGCCAAGAUCAACAAGAUGAUAGUAGAUUUUAUUCGGGACGGUGAUGUCGCGGAGUUACGGCUCCCGGGGAUGACGCAUGCUCUUUCCACAAGGGUUUUUACCAUUUCCAGUUUAUACAAACUCGAUCCCUACAUGAUAAAAGAGGGCGAUCACGUUGUUGAAGCUUUAGCCAAGACGGAGGCAUCAGGGUUUCCAAAAGACAUGGCCGUGGUUGACCGGCUCGUCCGAGAGACAGAUCAUUGGGCGACUGUGAAGCACGAAGAAUUAACAAUUGAAAGAAGUAGAAGCAGAAGACUCGAAAGUCGUGAUCGGUUUAAUCAAAGACGAGGUCGAGGGGCCCAAGGAGGAUUCCAAAGAGUUCAAGUACGAAAAAAGGCUAUGGUGGCUAAGAUCAAUGGAACUAUCGUUGGUGAAUCCGCAAGCCCCAUCCCGCCCAGAAACGUUGGACAUCAGCUGCUUUCCAAGAUGGGCUGGAGGCCUGGCGAUGGUUUGGGGACUUUUGGAACAGGGGACAACGAUCCUAUUGAAGUUAUAGUGAAGUUAGAUCGGCACGGCCUUGGACAUGCUCCUCCUAAGAAAUGAUCGCCUCUGAAUUGCUUGGUUUUUCUUUUU